UGCUCUAGAUAGGUCAGGCAUGCGAAUCGCACUGUAGAUGCUAUAUUUACUUCUGAAGAGUCUCCGUGACAUGGCUAUACAUAGCCAUUCUCAUUCAGGGCAGGCAGCCUCAACCAAUGCAAUGCUCUACGAAAUGGCUAAAGGACUUUAAUUAAACCUGGAAUAGAAAACUUUACAAGCACACAAAAGAAUGUUUUGUCUGUACCUGGAGUCUUCAUAGCCAUUAGAUGGGGAUUCUUGCAGUACUUGCUCUACCGUUGCUUCUCAUUGGGAUCAGUGGAGUUAUUUAUAUUUAUCAGUCAGUCAGGUGGUUUUUGUCCAAGUCAGCUGUGCAGAACAAAGUGGUGGUGAUCACAGAUGCCAUCUCUGGAUUGGGCAAGGAAUGUUCUCGGGUAUUUCACACAGGAGGAGCAAGGCUCGUGUUGUGUGGCAGGACAUGGGAAAAGCUGGAAGCCCUGUAUGAUGCUUUAGUUAGUACAGCAGACCCCAGCGUGACUUAUGCACCAAAGCUCAUACUUCUGGAUAUCUCCGACAUAAACUGCAUUCGAGAUGUAGCUAAGGAAAUCCUGAAUUGCUAUGGCUGUGUGGAUAUACUGAUCAACAAUGCAAGUAUGAAGGUGAAAGGAGCAGUGCAGAGCAUUUCACUGCAGCUUGAUAAAAAGAUAAUGGAUGCUAACUAUUUUGGACCUAUAACAUUAACCAAAGCUGUUCUUCCCAACAUGAUCUCAAGAAGAACUGGCCAAAUUGUUCUAGUUAAUAGCAUCCAAGGAAAAAUAGGAAUCCCAUUUCGUGCAGCUUAUGCUGCAUCUAAGCAUGCUGCUGUAGGAUUCUUUGACUGUCUUAGAGCUGAAAUGGAAGAAUUUGAUAUUUCUGUCAGCACUGUGAAUCCAACCUUCAUCUGCUCAUACCAUCGCCAACCAGCACCUGGCAACUGGGAGGCAUCUAUUUGGAAAUUUCUUUUCAGAAAGGUGGCCUAUGGUGUGCACCCCGUGGAGGUGGCCGAGGAAGUCUUGCGCACAGUGAGCAGUAAGAAGCAGGAGGUACUGAUGGCCAACCCUAUCCCCAGAGCAGCAGUUUACAUUCGCACCUUCUUCCCUGAGCUGUUUUUUGCCAUUGUUGCCUCAGGGAUUAGGGAAAAGCUGAAGACAGAAGAGGAAAAUUGAUUUUGUUUGUUUUUUUCCCCUACUUUUGACCUGGGAAACAGUUUAUGUUUGAAAUGUCAAUAAUUUCUACUUCUCACUAUGAGUAGAAUAAAGCAGGAGGCUUUAUUAAACACAACCCAGCUAAUGUCUCACUUAGUGGUUCACUGCCAUUGACACACACUUGUCUGUGGGACUUCUGCUCUUCAGGAUUUAGUAACUGUGACAAGAUGUCAUUGUUUGUAUUACAACAGCAUGGUCAAAACUUACUAUAAGAGAGUGGUUCCCAAUCUAAAUAGGUAGUCAAAGUCUGGAGGCCCUCAGCAAUGUAUCAGAAUAGUCUGUCAGUGCUCAGAUGGAUGGGAACUUACAGGAACAAAGGAAUGAGGAAUCAGGGAGAAGUGGGAGACAGAAAAGUAAAGAAAAGUGGGAAAUGGGGUUAGAGCCUGGCUCAAAGUGAUCCUAAAAAUGUGCUUUGGGGAAGUACUUGCAGGAUAAGCAAAUGGUGAGGCCAAAUAAAGGCUUGUCUAGUUCGAUAUCUCAUCCACAACGGGACCAGUUCCUGCAGUACCUGCUGGAGCUCCAUCUGUUUUCUCUUGUAGCACUAGGCUUUUAUUGUUGUUUGAAUGACUGUUCAUCAACUGCGAAGUCAAACAUCCACUUUGUGCAAAAUCAUCUUGCUCUUAACCAGAACUCUGCUCCCACAAACAAAUAUUUUCUUGUGGUGUUAGCUAUCCUUGUGUCUGUACCUCAGCAACAGCCAAGCCCUUCACAGCUCCACAAAGACAACACAUAUAAUAACUGGGUAAUUUUACCGGGAAAGGACCAGAAAAUCUUAGGAUAUCACAGCUAAACAUGAAUCAAUG